GUUUUAUCCAUAUAUCCUUUUUUUUAUAUAUAUAUAAGAACCCUCCCCUGUCGUGUGUCUCUGUUUCAGUGCUCUGUUUUCCUCUUGUGGGUUAUCACUGAUUUAGGGUUUUUUGCCAUUUCUGGGUAUCUAAUCUUUCAUUUUAUUCAAAGUAGAAACUCUUUUGAUUAUUUUAUCUCAUAGUGAAACAGUGUAGUUUAUAAAAUAUAGGGGGUAUUGUUGAUUUUGAAUGGCUCGGUUGAUUCUUCCUUGCAAAAGUUCGUGUUUGGCAAGGACCAGUCUUUUGGCUUCAGGCUAAAAGUAGUGUUAGUUCCUUUCGAAGUUCACCGAAGAAUAUCUCUUGGUAUAGGUGCUUCUCUGCUUUAGAGGCCACUGGUAGAAGGAAUUACUGGUUUCCGCAUUCUUCACCAUAUAGGGCAAGGCAAGCUAGCAGAAGGCUGCUUUGUUCAGUUGCGACAGAACCUCUACCUAAGCAAGUUGAAGAAUCCAAAAUGGACGCUCCUAAAGAAAUCUUUCUGAAGGACUACAAGUCUCCUGAUUACUACUUUGAUACGGUGGAUUUGAAAUUUUCACUGGGUGAGGAGAAAACAAUUGUUGCUUCAAAAAUAACUGUGUUCCCCAGGGUUGAAGGUUCUUCUUCUCCAUUGGUUCUGGAUGGGGUGGAUCUAAAGCUAAUAUCGAUCAAGGUCAAUGGCAAGGAACUGAAGGAGGGAGAUUAUUACUUAGACCUGCGCCAUUUGAUACUUCCAUCAGCACCAAGUGGUAAAUUCACUUUGGAAAUUGAUACUGAGAUACAACCUCAGAAGAACACAUCAUUAGAGGGGCUUUACAAGUCAUCUGGGAAUUUCUGUACACAAUGUGAAGCAGAGGGUUUCCGAAAAAUUACAUUUUAUCAGGACCGUCCUGAUAUAAUGGCAAAAUACACAUGCCGUAUUGAAGCUGAUAAGUCAUUGUACCCAGUACUGUUAUCUAAUGGAAAUCUCAUAGAGCAAGGAGCCUUAGAGGGUGGCAAGCAUUAUGCUGUAUGGGAGGAUCCCUUUAAGAAGCCAUGUUACUUGUUUGCCUUAGUAGCUGGCCAAUUGGAGAGCAGAGAUGACAUAUUUGUUACCCGCUCUGGCCGACAAGUGUCGCUAAGGAUCUGGACCCCAGCACAAGAUGUACCCAAGACUGCACAUGCCAUGUAUUCACUUAAAGCAGCUAUGAAGUGGGAUGAAGAUGUUUUUGGUCUUGAGUAUGACCUGGAUCUCUUCAAUAUUGUUGCUGUUCCUGAUUUUAACAUGGGAGCCAUGGAAAACAAGAGUCUGAAUAUUUUCAAUUCAAAGCUUGUUUUGGCUUCUCCGGAAACUGCUUCAGAUGCUGAUUAUGCUGCAAUUUUGGGUGUUAUUGGUCAUGAGUAUUUUCACAACUGGACUGGCAACAGAGUUACAUGCCGAGACUGGUUCCAGCUCAGCUUGAAGGAGGGUCUCACUGUUUUCCGUGAUCAGGAAUUUUCAUCUGACAUGGGAAGCCGUACAGUAAAGCGGAUUGCUGAUGUUUCAAAGCUUCGAAAUUAUCAAUUCCCACAGGAUGCUGGUCCCAUGGCUCAUCCUGUUAGGCCUCAUUCUUAUAUUAAGAUGGACAACUUCUACACAGUGACGGUAAGGCCUAGCAACUUGCAUUCGUGUCUUUUUCUAUUUUGUUUUGGUUUUUCUUUGACAAGUCCUCUAAUUUUCCCGGUGUUUUUCUUGGUCUUUUUGUUUUCUUUUUCACAGGUUUAUGAAAAGGGAGCUGAAGUCGUGAGGAUGUACAAAACACUCCUGGGGACCCAAGGGUUCCGAAAGGGCAUGGAUCUUUACUUUGAAAGACAUGAUGGUCAAGCAGUAACUUGUGAAGACUUUUUUGCUGCCAUGCGAGAUGCAAAUGAUGCUGAUUUUGCUAAUUUCUUGCUUUGGUAUUCACAAGCUGGGACUCCAGUAGUAAAAGUUACUUCAUCCUACAAUGCCGAUGCUCAUACUUUUUCUUUAAAGUUUAGCCAAGUGGUCCCCCCAACUCCAGGACAGCCUGUUAAAGAACCUACAUUCAUUCCCGUGGCAGUUGGUCUACUGGACUCAAGUGGAAAGGACAUGCAUCUAUCCUCUGUGUAUCAUGAUGGGACACUGCAGUCUGUUGCAAGCAACAAUCAGCCAGUCUUCAGUACUGUUCUUCGCGUAACUAAGAAAGAAGAAGAAUUUGUGUUCUCUGAUAUAUUCGAGCGGCCAAUUCCAUCACUAUUGCGAGGUUAUAGUGCUCCUAUCCGUCUUGAAUCUGAUCUCUCUGACAGUGAUCUAUUUUUCCUACUUGCACAUGAUUCGGAUGAGUUCAAUCGCUGGGAGGCUGGACAGUUGUUGGCCAGGAAGCUCAUGCUCAGCUUGGUUGCUGAUUUCCAACAAAACAAACCAUUGUCCCUGAAUCCCAAAUUUGUUGAAGGUCUUAGAAGCAUACUUUGUGAUACAAGCUUGGAUAAGGAAUUUAUUGCAAAAGCAAUAACUCUCCCUGGUGAAGGGGAGAUUAUGGAUAUGAUGGAAGUUGCUGAUCCUGAUGCUGUUCAUGCUGUUCGAACCUUCAUUAGGAAGGAACUUGCAUCACAACUGAAAUCAGAGUUUCUAAGCACAGUUCAGAACAAUAGAAGCUCAGAAGUGUAUGUAUUUAACCAUCCUAACAUGGCCCGGCGUGCUCUCAAGAAUACUGCUCUUGCAUAUCUUGCAUCCCUUGAAGAUCUCAAGAUGACAGAGCUUGCACUGCAUGAGUAUAAUACUGCCACAAAUAUGACAGAACAGUUUGCAGCUUUGGCAGCCAUUGCCCAGAAGCCUGGUAAGACUCGUGAUGAUGUUUUGGCUGACUUCUAUAGCAAGUGGCAUCAUGAUUUCCUGGUUGUAAACAAAUGGUUUGCGCUUCAAGCCAUGUCUGACAUUCCUGGUAAUGUUGAGAAUGUUCGCAACCUUUUAAAUCAUCCAGCCUUUGACUUGCGUAAUCCAAACAAGGUAUACUCCCUCAUUGGUGGAUUUUGUGGAUCUCCUGUGAAUUUCCAUACCAAGGAUGGUUCAGGCUACAAGUUCUUGGGUGAAAUAGUAGUACAACUUGACAAGCUAAAUCCUCAGGUGGCCUCCCGCAUGGUGUCAGCCUUCUCAAGAUGGAGGCGUUUUGACGAAAGCAGGCAAAAACUUGCCAAGGCACAACUGGAGAUGAUCAUGUCUGCCAAUGGAUUAUCAGAGAACGUAUAUGAGAUUGCCUCAAAGAGCUUAGCUGCGUAAAUGCCUCAAUAAUAUGUCUUUCAAUGCAUUUUAAUUAUGAUAUAGCACCGUAUUAGAAUAAUGUGCUAUACCAUGGGACUUGUUUUCUUUAUUCCGGUGACUGGAGUUGAACAAAGACCCAUAGAUUUUGAAUAGAAACUGCCUUAAUUAUGAUCCAAACUAUGUACCUGCCUUUGUUCACAUGUUGGAUUAUUCCCGAAAUUUAGUUGGAUUUA